AAGCAGCACUCCGAGAGAACACGAAAGUGUUCCGGGCGAUCCCGAGUCCCCCACCCACCCCCCCACACGCCUAAUGUUGCUGUACCUCCAACCCUCCCCCCGUAUCAGAGGAGCAGAAACAACAAGCCGCCAUUUUGUUUGUGCGGACGGACCGUAAGAAACGGGAGACGCCGAGAGAAGAGAAGAGACCACAGCCGCGAACCGCCGGGCACACACGGGCGACAUCGUGUCUUGGCGUUAAAUGCGAACGUAGAUCGCACGAACAAAAGACGAGACGCGAGCGAAAAGGGAUCGGCGACCGAAGAAGGAAACAGCGGAUCCAGGGAAGGAGCGGAGAGGAGGAGAGGCGGAAGAGGGACAGAUACCACCGCGAAGGAAAACCUGCGAAGGAGAAAAUGAACGUGAAACCUCAUUAUGUGUCCAUUGCGAAGCCAGGAAACCGCACGCAUAGACCGGUGUACAGCUAGAUGUCCCCCGGGCUCCAGGGAUCGGUGGAAAGAGGGAAGACGGGCUUGAAGAAAAGGGGAAUCUGUUGGGAUAAACGCGAAGGGGGGCAUUCUCCAUCACAAAGAGUCAAUGAAAGGAUUUUUUGAACCCACAAUAUUUGGGGUGCAAGGAUGAUCUCUUCUUGCACAUCCACUGUUUUUCACUUCUAAAGAAGCCAUAUUUUGUGCCCGACGUUUUAUUGAAUUUUUGCCUAAGGUCGCAUUUGCUUGUUUUCUGGAGUCUUAUUUUUCAAUUUGCCUUUCGUGCAUGAUUAUACGCAGUGAGUGACAGUUAAAAAUUGCAGUAGUUAUAACCAUGCUAUUUUUCAAUCUGAGAAGCUUGCCAGUGUUUUCUUUGGUUGAAAUCGAGGCUCCAUCUCUUUAGAAGUAACCCCCUGGAACCUCGCCUGCAAAAUAAAACCAAUUGGAUCCUUCUGAUUGUACGCUAAUUAUUAAAUAGUUGUUUGAUAACCUUUGAGAACUCUUCUAGAAGAGAGAAAUCUGCAUCCGAAUCGAUUGGCAAUCAAGCUGCAGACGAGCAGUGAUUUGGAUUUUUUUUCUCUCUUGAAUUUUGCAACCAUUGCCAACCCGACUGGCUGCAUCAGAAAUAUCCGAGCGAGGGGCGCUACAACUAAAUGUGCAAUAUGAGUCCGUUAUUCUGACCCAGUGCCUUGCAUGGUCAGACGUAUACACUAAGGGCACGGUGGUUUACGUCCGGAUGCAAAGGAGGUUUUGUGAUAUGCAUGGAAUUUAAACGACAUCUAUUUUAAACCAGCUACUGUUGGGACUGGUGUCUUUCGACGGAAUUGUGAUUUAUUGGAUUUACCGUUUGCACCGACCCCUGCUUUCUGAGUGUUGAACAGGACAAUAGAACUCAUGCUCGUAUUGCAGACGAUUCUGAACGACUGUCACUCACAUGAAGUGUUCAAACACCGACGGAGCUCCUAGGGGAUGUGUGGACUGGCCGGCCUCCACAGCAGACAGGAUUCAGAUCAGGCGGAAGAAAGGAAAAUGCCAUUAAGGAUCUCUUAACUGUUGCAUGAGAGGAGGCUCCCGAAAAGUUGCCACCAGGGUCGUGCGGGACUGCGUUUUUCGGUCUUGUUUUUGGUUCCCAUUCACAGGAGGAGGGUCUUCAGACGCGCGCCUCACAGCCCAAGUCCUGCGUUUCCCCGCCGGCCAUGGCGGACCGGAGUGGCCGUACCAUGGAGGACCGCUCUGGGGACAUUUCCCAUGAAGCAGAAGAAGCCACAUGAGGUAGUCGAAGGCCCACGCCACCGUACCACCUCCUCCCGCUAAACCCGGAGAAACCUGAAGAAACCAGACCUCUACCGGGGAGGGGAACAGACCCACGGAGAGGAUAACCCAGAGUGGGAACUCUGAAGGGAAGAGUUCACCAUCGCCUUCUUUCCCCUACCGUCCCCGUAGCGGUGGGGGAAGAAUCGGAAACCAUUCCCGAGCAAGAAACGGCCGAUAACUAGGGACUUUGAUUAUCCCCGGGUGGAUCCACAGCAAGUUCUAAUUCGUCAAAAAUAUGGCCGAUAAUGUCUUGGAGUCCGGCCCGCCUUCAGCCAAGAGGCCCAAGCUGUCCUCCCCAGCUCUCUCGGUGUCCGCCAGUGAUGGAAAUGAUUUCGGCUCCCUCUUCGACCUGGAGCACGACCUCCCCGACGAGCUCAUCAACUCCUCGGAGCUGGGACUGGCCAACGGGGGGGACCUCAACCAGAUCCACACCAGCCUGGGGGGGUUGGGGGCCGGGAUGGGCAUGGGCAUGGGGGGCAGCGGCGGGCAGGACGCCGCCGCCAAACACAAGCAGCUGUCGGAGCUCCUCCGGGCCGGGGCCCAGCCCCAGCAGGGGGCCCCCAGCAACGGCGGCGCCUCCAUGGCCCUCAUGGGGGGCAUGAACGCCACGGCGGCUGGCCCCCAGGGCGUGGGACCUCAGGGGGGGCAGGCCGGCCUGAUGCAGCAGCAGGCCGCGCUGGCCGGGGGCGUGUCCGGGAUGAACCGGGCGGCCAUGAUGAACGCCCACAAGGCCAACGGACAGCAGCAGCAUCAGGGCCUGAUGGGGGGGCAGAUGAUGAACGGCUCGCCCAGGAUGGGGUACCCCGGCAACGGGGGCAUGAGCAGCGGCGGUAACCUGCUGGCCGAGACCCUGCAGGGGCAGACGGGAGGGCAGCAGAUGGGCCCCGGCGGCCCCACCGGGAUCCGACCCCAGCAGCCCGGAGCGCUGAACAAGAUGAAUAUGAUGGCCAACGCGGUCCCCUAUGGCGGCCCGUACGGCCAGCAGCCGGCUGGGGGGCUCCCAGGGGCAGGGCUUCAGAACAAGGCCGGCAUGCCCAACAGCCUGGCCGCCCAGUUCAGCAUGGACAAGAAGACGUCGCCAGGGCAGGGCAUGUCCGGGAUGCCCUCCCAGUCGCCCGGAGGCGUGCCAGUGGGCGGGGCGGCGGCGGCGGCCGGCGUGGCGGGCGGGUCCCCGGUGGGCCUGGGCGUGGUGGGGGCGGGGCCCGGUGCCACGCCCCCCACGGCGGACCCCGAGAAGCGCAAGCUGAUCCAGCAGCAGCUGGUCCUGCUCCUCCACGCCCACAAGUGCCAGCGGCGGGAGCAGGCGAACGGGGAGGUGAGGCAGUGCAACCUGCCCCACUGCCGCACCAUGAAGAACGUGCUGAACCACAUGACCCACUGCCAGGCCGGCAAGUCCUGCCAGGUGGCGCACUGUGCCUCGUCGCGACAGAUCAUCUCUCACUGGAAGAACUGCACACGGCACGACUGUCCGGUCUGCCUGCCGCUGAAGAACGCCGGAGACAAGAGGAACCAGCAGUCCCUCCUCAGCAGCGCGGGGGUGGGCCUGGUCAACGCGCUGGGCCCCCCGGUGCCCGGGGGCCCCCCCAACGCGGCCAGCAUCAACCCCUCCAGCCAGAUCGACCCCAGCUCCAUUGAGAGGGCCUACGCCGCGCUGGGACUCACCUACCAGGGGAACCAGCUGCCCCCCCAGGGGCCCCAGGGGCCCGGCCAGGCCAUGGGGGGCCAGCCCGGCAUGAGGGCCCUCAACUCCAUGGGAGGUAAUCCCAUGGGUGUGAACGGCGGAGGCGGGCUGUCGUCCAAUCAGCAGUCGAGCCUGCUGCCUGACGCCAUGCUGCACAACAACCUGAACGCUCAGAGCCUGAUGAACGACUCCAUGGCCAGCAUGGGCUCCAUGCCCACGGCCACGCCCCCCUCUGCGCCGGGCAUGAGGAAGUCGUGGCACGAGGACAUCACCCAGGACCUCAGGAACCACCUGGUGCACAAGCUGGUGCAGGCCAUCUUCCCCACCCCGGACCCGGCCGCGCUGAAGGACCGGCGGAUGGAGAACCUGGUGGCAUACGCCCGCAAGGUGGAGGGGGACAUGUACGAGUCGGCCAACAGCCGGGCGGAGUACUACCACCUGCUGGCGGAGAAGAUCUACAAGAUCCAGAAGGAGCUGGAGGAGAAGAGGAGGACCCGCCUCCAGAAGCAGGGCAUGAUGCCCUCCCAGGCCGGCAUGCCCCCCUCCGGCCUGCCACAGGGCGGACCCCCUGGGAUGGGCGGACCCCCUGGGAUGGGCGGACCCCCAGGGAUGGGCGGACCCCCAGGGAUGGGCGGACCCCCUGGGAUGGGCGGACCCCCUGGGAUGGGCCAGCCGGCCAUGGGCCCCGGCCAGUCGCCCAACGGCCCCCAUGCCGACCCCUCCAUGGUGCGACCCCCCGGGCCCGGGCAGAUGGUCAGCAGGAUGCAGAACCCAGCAGGGAUGAACCAGUUCGGUCAGAUGGGAAUGCAGUCCAUGGGUCAGAGGUCGCCCCUUCCGUCCGGACCAGCCAUGAACCAGAUGGGCAUGGGCCCCAGCAGGAUGGGGCAGCCCAGCGCAGCCCAGCUCCAGAACCAGUACCACCCCCCAGGACAGUUCCCCGGGCCCAUGAACCAGACGGGGGCGCAGGGCGGCAUGGCGCAGGCCCAGAUGUCCACGCCGGCCCCCCUCCCAGGCGGCAGCCCCCUCUCUCAGUCGGCCUCCAACGCCUCGGCCCCCGGGGGCCCGGGCAGCGUUGGGCCCCUGCCCUCGGCCCCCGGCGCCCACCCCCACUGCCCCCCCAUGCGGACCAGCUCCCCCUCGCCGGCCCGCAGCCUGACGCCGCAGCCGCACCAGACCCCGCCCACGCUGCCGGGCUCGCAGACCCCCCAGCCACACACGCCCAGCGCCGCGCAGCUCCCCCCCUCACAACAACAACAACAACAACAACAACAGCAGCAACAGCUCCACCAACAGCAGAUGCAGCAGCAACAUCAACAGCAGCAGAUGCAACAUCAACAACAACAGAAUCAACAACAACAGCAGCAGCACCAACUUCAACAACACCCGCUGUCCCAGAAGUCGUCCCUGAUGGCGGACGGCCCCGCCUCCACUCCGCCCUCGGUGAGCAGUGGCGCCGACCCCGCCUCCCAGGCGCCGGCGGCCGACAGCGUGGCCUCGGGCGCCGCCGACGUCAAGAUGGAGGUGAAGAAGCAGGAGGA